AUGGACGUAGUGAUCGAGUUGCAAGGUUUCCGUGAUAUCGACAAGAAGAAAUUCAUCGCGAAAGAAAUCGCACUUGUCGCGAUUCAGGAGCCGAUCAUCGGACACUGGAUCUUAACGCCACCUUAUCCGUUUGAAGAUUUACCCGAGAGAUCGAGGCUAGAAAACAAUUGGCUCUCGAGAAAUUAUCACGGCAUCGAGUGGUUCGACGGUGAAACCAAUCUCGAAUGUUUCACCCUACAUCUACGACGAAUCACCCGACUAGCACGCAACAUCUAUACCAGGGGACGGGAAAAAGCUCAUUACCUGCGUCAAUUGCUCUCCAGAAACAUAUAUAAUCUGGAAAUAAUCUCACCGCCGUUCAAAAAUCUGCCCGAAGACGGAGAAGUAAAAAUUUCAACGGCGACACAAGGAAAGAAGAAGAAGAAGAAGAAGAAGAGCCGUGCCACCACUCGGCGAACGCCUAUUACAUACCGAGCGUCAAAAGAGAUCGCCAAGGACCGCAACGCCGCACAAACCACCUUCUCGCUAUCGGCAGACGACGGCAACGGCUCGACAACGAGACCACCGGCGACAGAGCACUGGGCCAUCUGCGUGUCAGAUAUGCGGGAGUCUAUCCUGCCGACAGACUGCCGAGGGUGUGGACGAGGUCGACCGCUAUCGUCGCUAACACAGACAACCACGAUCGACCUGGCCGGCACUGGGUCGCCUUCUACGUCGACGAACACGGCACCGGAACGUAUUUCGACAGCUACUGACUCCCCCCCUUGGACCCCAGAUUCCUCCUACGUCUACGUCGAAACUCCACCACCCACCGAUGGAACACCGCCACCCUGCAAGGAAUACUCUCUCAAACCUGCGGACACUACUGCUGCGUAUUUCUAUAUUUUAUGUCUAACGGUUAUAAUCCUGGGCAGUUUCUUAAUCUAUUUACCGAUGAUUGUGAACGCAAUGACCGACUGAUUGUACAACUAUUUCGUAAAAUUUUUCUUUACAAUAAAAACGAAUGCGUAAAACCCCGCGCUGUAUGCUGUAACGUUCAAUCGUGUAGUAUUAAAAAAUCGCAACUCUUAUAAAAUCAUCGUAUGUACAAUUUCCCAACAUGUUCAUUCGUACAUAAUUACAUUCUCGUAAUAAAAGCUUAUGUAACCCCGACUCUCGUCUACUUCUUUCACCCUG